AUUUAUCGGCUGUAUCAGUAAUGUUUUCGCCGCUUUUCCUACUGCCCCUUUUGGCUCUGGCCGGAGCGGCCCAGAUACCGCACAUCCAGCACCUGACAUUAAGGAGCGCGGAUCAGGUGUCCGCUGAGAUCCAGCCGCUGAUCAUCGACGGCUACGAUGUGCAGGGGGUGGACAAUGUUCCCUACCUGACGUCCUUGUCCCUGACCAGGAACACCUACACCCACGUGUGCGCAGCUUCCAUUAUCGGCAAGCGAUGGCUUCUAACGGCUGCCCACUGUGUGGCGGAGCUGGUCAGCUUCAAUGGCGAUGCCGUGGGAACCCCGGUUUAUGCCGGGAUCAUCAACCGAUCCAACGUGACGGCCGCCCAAGUGCGCUAUGUGGACUUUGCCUCCACGCACCGGUCUUUCAAUGGCAACGCCGGAAGUGAUAAUAUAGCCCUGCUCCAUGUCUCCGAGAGUUUCGAGUACAACGCUCGAGUGCAGCAGAUCGCCCUGCCCGACAUCGAUGAUGAUUACAGCAACAAGACGGCCGCAGCCUAUGGCUGGGGACUCACCGACGCCGACGGCGAUGAGUACUCCAAGGAGCUGCAGUACGCUUUUGCGCCCCUGCUGAACAGCACUGCCUGCAAGGAGCUGCUCCCUUCGGACGCCCCCCUCACCGCGCAGCAGGUGUGCUCCCAGGUGAAGACCUGCUACGGAGACGGAGGCACUCCCCUGAUCUACUGGCCCAUCACUGGACCCGCGGAACUGGUGGGCCUCGGAUCCUGGAGCUACAUGCCCUGUGGCUAUGCCAAGCGGCCCACGGUCUACACCUCUGUGCCGUCCUACGUGGGAUGGAUCUACCAAGUGAUCGCCGCCUACUACCAGCUCAACUGAGACAUCUUAAGGGUGACGAAGGGAAGAUCUUUGCGUAAUACGCCAAAUAAACACCGCGAGUAACCGUAUCUUAUCACGGAACUUGUUAAC